CCAGGCCGCGGGGCAGAGCCCAGCCAGCUCGGCGAGGCUGCUGCUGCGUGGCGCCGGCUGAUUGGCGGCGGCUUCGCAGAGCAGACGCCCGAGCCCGCAAGCGCCCCCUCGGGCUCGGGUGAGUCGGCGGCGACGCACCAGGACGUGCCGCCGCGGCCGUCGAGGCCUGCUGGCGUGGCAGACUCCGCGCUCGAGCGGUGCAGCUCGGCGCCGAGCAGCUGCUCGUGCGAGGCCAGGGGCGCAGCGGAGGCGCGGAGCCCGGCGCGGACAGGCCUGCAGCAGGUGCUCGCGGGUCUCGCGGGGGACAGGCCUCAGGAGGACGAGCGCUCGCCCGCGGUCGACGGGGCCGUCGGGUGGCCGCCGGGGCUGUCGUCCCUGGGGCUCGCUUCGCCGGCCACGGCAACGCCGCCCCCGCCUCAAAGGACGCGUGCCAGCCGAGAGCGCAAGAGUGGCCCGCGGGGCUCCAGGGCCAUGGAGCAGAAGGACAAGCAGAUCCUCGCUCCGCACGGCGUCUUGGAGGCCGCGUGGGUGCUCCAGAGGGGGGCUCGAAGCCUCAGCCACGGCACGAGCUCACGUGCGGGGCCCAGGGGUGACGACGACGACAGCGCGGACGAGAUCACUCGCACGGUAUCGCCGGACGGGCUGGGCGCGAGACCCGCAGAGCCGCGCCAGGUCUCGCGGACGCUGAGCUUCGAGGCGCCCGAGCCCGCGGGGGCCAGCAGCGCCGGCCCCCUGCCGAGGACGCCUCCCGAAGCGGACGGGUCCAGCGGCAUGCCGGCGCACGCAGCGGGCGCCGGCGGCAGCGACAGCACGCCCGGCGGCGGCCUGCCUCGCGGCGGCCUGCGGCCCUGGAGCCCGCCGGGCGCGCCCCCGGGAGCGGGCGGCGGUCCGGCAGGCGCCGCGUCCCACGCUGGCCUCGCUCUCCACGGGAGCCCCGCGGAGCCCCCAAGGCUCGGUGGUAGCUACCAUGCAGCACCAAGCGCAGAUUCCUCUUCGCAGAAGCCACACCCGAGAGGGGCUGGUGGGCAAGACGGAGUGCCCGAGCUGCAGGCCACCGGACCGCAGCAGGCUGGGAGGGCCCAAAGGUGUUGUAAGCACGACAGGGGUAAUGCGAAAUUCGGUGGAUGGCAAUUAUAAAGCACCAGCCUUGGCAAGGCCUACACCUGGCG